CCUCACUCACGUCUCAUGGCCUCACAUCAAACCCCCUCAUUUCACACAAUCGACCACCUACUCACAACCUCUCAUCCAGAAUUUGUGCGAUUCCUUAGGCAGCUCACAACCUCAACUCUCUGUGACGGCCCUCAUCAUCCCUCAUCCAUGACAACUCAUAAAUCUUCGUCCUCCGUCCUCCCUCCUUGGAUUACAUUGUGAAAGGCUGGGUGAACGUGAAGCAAUUGACAAGUCAAAGAGGCUACACAGAUCAGAUGGUGGAGGAUGCGAAUGCUGUCAUUUUCACUUUUGGGUCUUAUCAGUUCCAACGAUUACUUCUUGUAGCGUGUACCGCCUGCGUUUAUUAUGAAGAACUUCAAUGGACGAUCACUUUGCAAAUGUGAUCUUAAAGGCCCGACUGGAAUUCGGAGGACUGUGGAAUUGGAAGAGAGGGAGAAUGGCUUGUUCUUCCAUGAUGGUUGGCAGGGUUUUGUGAAGGACCAUCUUUUAGAAGCUGGGGAUUUUUUGGUUUUUAUUUAUGACGGCGUAUCAAAGUUUAAUGUCAAAAUCUAUGAUAGAAGUGCAUGUGAGAAAGAUGUCGAAGUAGCCAAGAUGAAUAAAGGAAAUCAAGCUAGAAGAAAAGUUGAAGUUGUCGACAUUGACACUGAAAACGUAAAAGCUGAAGUUGUUGACAUUGACACUGUAAACUACAGCCAAGACCGUGAAAAGCAAAUGAUAUUUUCUAGCUGGAGUUGCGAUCAUCUCAAAUCUCGAAAGAGACCAGUAAGUAAUUAUGUUGAAGAUACAUCAACAGCAUCCAUCCUGUUGGAAACAGAGAAUCCAUGUUUUCUACACUUCUUAAACCAUCGGAAUCGUCUAUAUAAUGUGAGGAUUCCAAAGCAACUAGCCUUAGAUGAAGGCCUCACGGACAAGGAUUCCGUAACACUUCAAGAUCCAGAUGGAAGAUCAUGGUUUGUUCGACUCAGAACCCAUUACACUGAUCGUUUCGAUUAUUUGAAUCUGUCAACAGGUUGGAGAGAAUGCGGUAAAGCCAACCAAAUUUCACUUGGGGACACCAUAGUUUUUGAGUUUGUGAAGCAAAGUGUGAUCCAAGUUCAUAUUUUCAGAAAAGGGGAAGUGAGAGGUAAUGUGUGUCGUCUGGUACUUGUUGCCCCUUAUGGUAAAAAGAAAAGAUAAUUGACCCAAAAUUCAACUUCAGAAAUUUCCAUGUGUUUAUUUUUUUCAGAAGAAAUGUUGUGACUGCUAUGUAAGCUUAGGUAUUUUGCACCUUUUGGUUAAAGGGAUGCUGUUGCUUAAAUUAGUUCCCCAGUUA